AUGGCACUAUUUGAUCAUUAUAAAGCUCGUGUAGUUGCCCAAGGCUUUAGUCAAAUUCUAGGUGUUGAUUACUUGCAUACUUUUAGUCCAGUGGUGAAAGCAUCCGCGAUGCAUGUUGUUUUACCUUUGGUCGUCAUUAAUGGUUGGUCUCUUCAUCAGCUCGACAUCAAUAAUGCUUUUCUUCAUGACACCCUAACUGAUCCCGUUUACAUGGAACAAACACCGGGUAAGGGAGUGAGUCUGCCCAAAGAAGCUCUUAAGAAGCGGAGUUUCACUCGACAAAAAAGUCAGGCUGAUCCUUCUAUGUUUGUGUUCAAACGUGACUUGUGUGUGCUAUAUUUAUUGGUCUAUGUUGAUGAUUUAAUUUUGACCGGAAAUGAUGACACGGUUAUUCGCUCCAUCAUCAAUCGCUUGCACCACGAAUUCUUGAUCACAGACCUUGGUCGUUUAUUUUAUUUUCUUAGGAUAGAAGCUACUUACACCACAAAUGGUCUAUUUCCCAGUCAAACAACGUAUGCUCAUGACAUUCUUGAUCGAGCAGGUCUUCUCGACCCUCAACCGGAUUCAACUCCUCUUGCCUCUAACAUGGCUUUUGUUAUUGGUGGUGAUGCUUACUUGGAUCCUUCACAUUAUCGAUCCCUUGUUGGAGCUCUUCAGUAUUUGAAAAUCACUCGUCCGAAUAUUUCAUAUGUGGUCAAUCAAGUUAGUAAAUUCCUUCAAGGCCCUACUAUUCCGCAUUAUCAAGCAGUUAAACGGCUUAUGCGAUAUGUCAAGGGUACGAUUUCUUUUGGACUCUCCUUUUCUAAACCGACAUAUACCACGCUUGUAGGCUACUCUGAUGCUGAUUGGGCUCGUUGCCUCGAGACCCGUCGUUCCACUUAUGGUUACUCGAUAUUCCUUGGGGGCAAUCUUGUAUCCUGA